CAAGCGUGUUACUGACAUGUUGUUGUAUAUUAAAUAAACAAGUAAGUCAUUAUUCAAAAUGCUCAUUAUAGGAAAGCUUUUACUUUUAAUAAUUGCAGUCACUGGUACGUUAAGUGAACCACAACGUGACUUAAGUGAACAAGACAACAUCUCUGAAGAAGUGAGUAGAGCUUACAAGAAUUAUAACCAUCCUCCCCUAUUCGAAGUUUUGGACGGAGCUGAUUCAGGAGAAAUUGAAGUUAGAAAGGUACGUGAUGCUACGGAAAAUUCUGGUGAUCUUGUAACUAGAAUACCUGUAACGGUUAAUAGCCCGGAACCCAUACAACGUGGCAACAUUACACCAAAUGGUACUUUUGUAAAAGUAAAGAGGCGUAAGCAACCAAAACAGCAACCGUCUACGGAAAACAAAGGAAUACCUGGAGCGAUUCCUAUCGAAAAAAGAGUUGUACCUGAAAGUACACAAUCAGGAACAGAGAGAACGGUAACCACGUCACCAGUUCCUAGAACUGUAGUGCCAAAAACAUUUACGAAACGUCCACCUGAAUAUAACCCAAUAUUCAAGAAGAUAAGACAACGUGAUCCUGUAGUUAAAAUAGUAGAUGAGACCAACUUUGUAUUUUCACAUAGCGGAAACUUCCAUUACAGCUAUGAAGGCGGCGAUGGUACUAAGGUUUCAAGUGAAGGCGAACUGAAGUCGUUUGACGAUGACAGAACUGGCGAAGCUGUUAUUGGGAGUGUCUUCUAUAAAGAUGAUGAGGGAAACGAUGUCAGCCUAUCAUACACUGCAGAUGAAAAUGGAUAUAGGGCUUAUGGCGCACAUCUUCCAACUCCACCCCCUAUUCCGCCGGCAAUAGCCCGUGCCCUGAAAUACCUUGCCACGGCGACAACACCGGAGCCUGUUACAAAGCCAACGAUAAAGAAAAAUUAGUGAAUAUCUUCUGUCUUCUGUUCAUGGGCCGGUCUCCGUACUUGGUUGGCCUGAACCAUCCGUUGUACGUGUUAGCCUAUAUCAAGAUCAUCUGUAACCUAACGACUAAAUUUAAAUUUAUUUAAUUUUUACUGUUAAGACUAGUUUUGUAUUCGUUUGCAUAAUGUAAACUUUAUUCUACUGUUGAUAAAUAUACUAUUAUUUAAAAAGUGUUUA